CUACACUUGGUUUCAGACCCUCUUUCCCAAAAUGAAUUGCUCGCCCUCCAAAAUCCCACCUAUAGAAAUUUUGGAGACAUCACUGAUUCAGUGGUAGCCCCUGACUGAUAGAGCGGUAAAUUAAGAAUCAGACAUGGGACCUAAGAAUUUUGAGGAAAUGGCAACAUAUUAGAACUGUCAAGUGUCCUCCUCUCCACCACCCUAAAUGCUUUCUUGGGAGCAGUAUGGCCCAGAGGAGGAAGAAGGUCUGUCCCUCGUAUUUCAGAUUGCCAGAACUGGACUAGCAUUUCUGAAUUUCCUGGGACGCCAGGCUCUGUGGGUUCCUUGGGAAGCUCUGCAGCACCUCCCAUCUUCCCACCCCAUUUAGAACCCCUGCCCCCCUCCCUGGGCUGCUGGAGUCUGGAGCCACCAAGGUCUACAGCUCAAAUCCUGCCUCUCUGUGAGUGGGAGGCUGUUAUCCCCUCGGCAAGUGAAAAGGAUGCUUGGUCCCUGGUGAUUCUGGGAAAAAGCUCACUCUUCUGCAGUCUCUCUCAGCCCAAGAGUAACAAAGGCUGCCUAAACAAAGGCUGGAACCUGAGGCGGGGGAGGGGUGUUUGGUUGCUAAGGGGCACAUGCAUGACACAGCUGCCAAUUGUGACAAGGCUGCCAAUUGUUCGGCUUCCGUCCAGUGCCCGGCUCACUCACUGUGCCCCACUCCCCUGGAUCACUCCUUGUGCCCUCCUCACCUGGGUUGCUCACUGCGUCCCUCGUUGUGACCCACUGGCCUGGGUCGCUCGCUAUGCCCUGGACCUCUGGUUGUCAUGUCUGGGCUGCACCUCUGGGUCCCAUGGCCCCUGUUUAUGUGGCAGCUGUUGAGGCUGCUGGUCCAGGCAGCUCAGCCUUCAGACUUGGCCCUGGACCCUGUCCUGCUGACCUCCAUCCCCUCAGGCCCGAUCGAGCCCUGGCCUUUGGAUCAGCAAACCCCCCCACCUGAGCCUUCAAAUGCCUUUAAAGAGGGUGAAUCUCCAUUGCUCCAACAAGAAGCCUCGGCUCUGCCUGCAGAGGCCUCCAAGGAAGUGAAACGUCCUCCAGCCCUUCGGGAGGCCCCAGCUCAGCGAGCAGAAGCCACUUCCACCCAGGAGGAGACGUCAGCUCAGUUUCCACCCCAACAAGGGGCCUCAGCUCAGUCUACAGCAUCCUCUGAGCCAUUGAAACCUUUGCCAGCCCACCAAGGAAUUCCAGGUCAGCAUCCCAUUCCCGCUGAAAAUAUCGAAUCUUCGAGCCAGUGGACGAGCUCACUUCCGCCUCAAGUGCCUCUUGCUGGCGUAGAACCUUCUCCAGUCCAUCCGACGGGUGGAGCUCAGCCUCCAAAACCCUCUAUAGAUGUUGCAGCUCAACCUUCGGUCCAUCAGGAGGUGGCAGUCUCACCUGCAGGUGCGCGUGAAGCUCAGCAUCCAGUGUCGUCCCAUGUUAAUGUGAAAGACGUCGCUGUGGGGGUUUUGGUAUCUCCAGAGUCCACGAAGGAGAUUGAACUAUUUGUAACUGGGCAGGAGGUCUCAGGUCAUCCUCCAAAGUCGGCUGAGGAAGUCAAAGCUCCAACUCAGCAGGAGAUCCCGCCAACGCCCCCUGAGAAGAUAGCGUCAUCUCCAUUGCAGCAGGAGACCCCAGCUCAGCCUACUCUGGGUGCCUCAGCCCUGCAGCAGACUGCAGCUCCUCCACAUUACCCCGAGGUGACACUUCCACACCCAGAGACUGUUCAGGCUCUGCAGCCAACCUGGGCUGAAAGCACUGUUCUACCUUCGGGCCCGGAAGUUCUAAUAACUCAGCGACCAGAGUCAUCUGAGACAGUUCCUCCAGAGACUGGACAGAGUGCCACCGUGAGCAUAUGUGAGCUCUGUGCCUGCAGUAAUGGGACUCUCUCCUGUAUCGGUCUCCGCCCAGACGAGAGGCUCCUCAGAGUGCCCGUGCCAGAGCCCAAUGCCUACCAGGGCCCCUUCUCGAUCUUAAACUUGCAAGGAAACUUAAUUUCUUACAUCAAUAAAGAUACAUGGAAGUCAUACCAUUUGGUUGCAAAACUAAAUCUCAGUGGAAAUAAUUUGAGAAAAUUACAAAAAGAUUCAUUUGAAGGCCUGCUGUUCCUUCAGUAUUUAGAUUUAUCCUGCAAUAAAAUACAGUUUAUUGAAAGGAAUACAUUUGCAUCACUACCUUUUUUGCAGUAUAUAAAUCUUGGUUGCAAUUUAAUCACAAAAGUGAGGUUUGGAACAUUUCAGGCCUGGCAUGGAAUGAAGUUUUUACACAAAUUAAUUCUCAAUCGGAAUCCUCUGACAACUGUUCAAGAUCCAUAUCUUUUUAAAUUGCCAGCAUUAAAAUAUUUAGACAUGGGAAGGACACACGUGUCACUUAUAACAGUUGGGAGCGUCCUCAUGAUGACUCCUCAACUGGAAAAAUUGAUCUUACCUAGCCAUUUGACCUGCUGCCUCUGCCAAUUUAAAAAUAAUAUUGAGACUGUUGCCAAGACAGUCAAACUGCAGUGUGAUACUGAAUGUCUGAAAAAUAUACCUUGUGACGAAGAGAUGCUUAUAGAAGGACCAUUCAUGCAAAUACUGCAAGGCCGGAAGCACACCAGCACCGAGCUGGCCGUUGAGCCAGAGGGGGCAUCCUCCCACAGAAAUGGAGAGCAUUCAUCAUCCCUCACACGCCCCCUGACGAAGCUGCUCAGUAAACAGCAAGAAGAGAACGUCUCCAAGGCAGAGCAGGCUACGGAUCAAUGGGAAAAGCCGAGGCUGGGAGCUCCGGGUGAACGGGAAGAGGAGGAGCCCAAUGAGCUCACAAAAGAAGUGCCGGGAUAUGGCCAUAGCAACAACCUCAUCGUGGCAAUAACUGUGACUGUAGUAACAAUAACUUUUAUUGUAAUUUCCUGUCUCAUUGCGAUUUAUUGUCAUAGAACACCAUCAAAGGAAAGUAAAGAAGGAAGCUCAAGGGGCUUUCCCCCAUUUUUCCGGCAUAUGAGACGGUCACCGGAACACAAGAUGCAGGAAGGCGGUUUCUGGAAGGGGCAGCCGCUCUGGCUGAGGGACCUGCACAGGCCUCGCAGCGCCGCCCGCGUGGAGAGCAUGGCCCGGGAGCUGCACGACCAGGAGCCGGCCGCUGAGGAUGAACUGUUCUACAGAAUGUUGCGCGGAGAGUUCUCCGUGGUGAGGGUCGCUGCCACAGACCCUGCGGCCACCAGCCCAGCGAAUGAGCACAUGACCCUGCCGCCCAGCGAACCCCCUCCUCAGCCUCCCUGAACGUUCUAUUGGCCUGUGUGUACAAUAAAUAUUGUUCUUUU